AUGCGCCUCCUCGACCCAUCAUCGCUACCAUCGCUGGGAGCAGCUUCGCUCCUCCUCUUGCUGUCGUCCUCGAUACCCGGCAACAACGGUCCUAAUGGUGCAGAAGCGGCAAAUUCGGGAAAAGCUAAGGAUGCCGUUUUGUUGUCUAAUAUCCGAUCCCUAACCCUCACCCCUCACUCCCAAACGACCUCCCGCCGCCUGCCCCCCAUUCCCCAACUACAAUGCCUCCCCUCCCCCUCCUCCCCGCUCUGCCGCCUCGCAGAGCCUCACAUAUCCGUAAUGCGCUGUACGAACCAAGGUUCGCGCUACGGAAAAGAAGACAUCCAAUGGUCCUGCACCGUCCCCUCCCUUCCCACCACCCUUCAACUAGGUUCAACGGAUGUCGUCUGCGAAGGCUACGAUGGACCGGAUGAUGAGUACGUGUUGAAGGGGAGUUGUGGGGUUGAGUACCGCUUGACGCUGACGGAGGAGGGACGGAGGAAAUAUGGGGAUGGGUUUGGGAAUGGAGAUGGUGGUUAUGGAAAUGGGGGAGAAAGUCCGGGGUUGGCGGGGUAUUUAUUUGGGGUAUUAUUUGUGGGUGUGUUGGGAUGGAUUGUUUAUAGUGCUUGUGUGCAAGCUGGGCAGAAUAGGAGGGUGGGUGCAAAUGGUGCGGAUGGCCAGCGAAGAGGCUGGGGUGGUGGUGGUGGAGGGCCGGGAUUUGGUGGAGGACCAGGAGGAGGACCGGGUGGAGGGGAUUGGGAUGGGGAUGAGCCGCCGCCGCCGUAUCCUGGAUACGGCAACAAGCCGAGUGGACGUCAACAACCAGUUCCCGGACAGCAACAACAAGGAUGGAGACCGGGGUUUUGGUCGGGAAUAGCGGGUGGUGCGGCGGCUGGGUAUUUAGCUGGACAGAGGGGUGGACAGAGAGGCAGGAGGGAGGAUAACAAUAGGGGUUAUAACUACGGAAGCACAUGGGGUGGUGGUUCGUCGUCGGGAUCGAGGAACAGGAGUUGGGGGUCGAGCUCUGGCGACAAUGGCGGCAGUUCCGGGACGACACAUGAAAGCACCGGGUUUGGAUCGACGAGUCGGCGGUAA